ACGCAAGAAAGGAAGUGACCGAGGAAGCGAACAAGGAGGCACCAGAGAAAAUCGGACCCCGUCCCAUUUUUGUUGCACAGUAGGCAGGGCAGAUGGGCAGCGAGCGAGAGAGUCGUUGCUUUCCCCCCAACCGCCAACGAUUAUCGACUGCUGCUCGACUUGCUCACAACACUCUCCUCCGCUCGUUUAUUGCUUUGCAAAGCGAAAAUUAGCGUCCUGUAAGGCGGGGGGAGGAUGUCAAAACGAGUGCGAAGCAAAGAGGUCUGCGCGGACUGCAGCGCUCCGGAGCCUCGCUGGGCCUCCGUCAACAGAGGCGUGUUGAUCUGCGAUGAGUGCUGCAGUAUCCAUCGAGGUCUGGGACGACACAGCUCUCAAGUCCGGCAUCUGACCCAUUUGGUGUGGCCCCCCUCCCAGUUUCAGAUGGUGCAGACACUCUACGGCAAUGGAGCCAAUUCCAUAUGGGAGCACAGUCUUCUGGACCCAUCUUCAUCCUCAUCCUCCUCUUCCUCAGCCAGCGGCAAACGUAAAGCCAACCCUCAAGACCGCGUUCAUCCCAACAAGACAGAGUUUAUCAAGGCUAAAUACCAGAUGUUGGCAUACGUCCAUCGCAUGCCUUGUCGGGAGGAUGACAGCGUGACCGCCAAAGAUCUUAGCAAGCAACUACAUUCUAGCGUUCGAACGGGGAACCUGGAGACCUGCCUGAGACUUCUAUCUCUGGGAGCGCAGGCCAACUUCUUCCAUCCGGAGAAAGGAAAUACACCGUUGCACAUAGCAGCAAAAGCGGGACAACUGUUACAAGCGGAACUGUUGGCUGUGUAUGGAGCUGAUCCAGGAGCUCUGGACUCCAGUGGGAAGACUCCCAUUGACUACGCCAGACAAGCUGGGCAUCAGGAGCUGGGCGAGCGCCUCGUGGAGAUCCAAUACGAACUCACCGACCGCUUAACGUUUUACCUAUGUGGACGUAAGCCAGAUCACAGAUUUGGGCAGCACUUCAUCAUCCCUCAAAUGGCAGACAGCAGUCUCGAUUUAUCCGACUUUGCAAAAGCUGCCAAGAAGAAGCUCCAGUCUCUAAGUAACCAUCAGUUUGAAGAGCUUGCUAUGGACGUUUACGACGAAGUGGACAGACGGGAAAUGGACGCAGUGUGUUUGGCCACUCAAAACCACAGCACAUUGGUAACAGACACCACGGUGGUGCCUUUCCUGCCAGUCAACCCCGAGUACUCCUCCACCAGAAACCAAGGUCGUCAGAAGUUGGCGAGGUUCAGCGCCCAUGAAUUUGCCACCUUGGUCAUCGAUAUUCUGACAGACGCCAAACGUCGGCAGUGGGGGAACUCCUGCGAAAGUCCCAAAGAAAGUGUAGAGCUGAUCCUGCAGGGAAUAAACAGUCGCCACAACAGCGAGAGCCAGGAAAACGACCAACCUGACUACGACAGCGUGGCCUCGGACGAAGAUCCGGUCCAGGAGACGACCCGCGCGGACAACGACACCGAUGGAAGGACCAAGAGCUCCGAGUCAUCCGACCUGUCGGACGGCCCCAUCACAGUGCGGGAGUUCAUGGACGUGAAGAGCGCCCUCACAGCCUCGGAAGCCAAAAUCCAGCAGCUCCUCAAAGUCAACUGUCACCUGAGCGAAGAGCUGCGAGCAAUGCAGGGCAAGCUGAACUCUCUGCAAACGGAGAACACAACGCUGCGUUGGCAGGCCCCCGGCGCACAGCACCACCCCCAGGGCCCCGUGGGACGACGGCAGACCCGCGGCGGGCGCGCCAUGUCCAUGUACGAGACCGGCUCCACCACCAGACAGUGCCCCCACCGCGACGACACCGCUCGUCGGGACGAUGGCGUCAUCUUGCAGCCCUUCCAGGCCAACAUAGGGAGGGGUCCUUUGGGAACAGCGGCUUCCUCCCUCCCAUCCUUCCCCUCUUCCCUGUCCUGGUCCCGGGAUGAGAGAUCUCGAAGGGGGUGCAGUUUGGAGGCACACAGCACCAUGCUGAAUUGUGACACUGCGCCCUGCCACUCUGAACCAGAGGAGACUGGCAGCACCCUGGCAGGCUCCGAGGUGGCGGAGGGUGAAACGGAGGGCGAGGAAGACGCUGCAACCCUGCCCUGUACGGAGGACGUCAUCUGUAAGACGGAGCAGAUCACCAAGAACAUUCAGGAACUUCUGAGGGCCGCUCAGGAGACCAAACAUGAAAGCUUCCUUCCAUGUUCAGAGAAGAUCUGUGUGGCUGUGAAGGAGAUGGCCGCUCUGUUUCCCAAGAGGCCGUCAUCGGAGACGGUUCGCGGCUCCCUGUCGCUGCUCACCUCCAGCGCCGGCCGGCUGCACGGCGAGUGCCGCGGGCCGUGCCCCCCCGCCGCCGCCGACGCCCAGCUGGUCACGCAGCAGGUCAUCCAGUGCGCCUACGACAUUGCCAAAGCCGCCAAGCAACUCGUCACCGUGACCACCAAAGAGAACAACAACUAGCCAGAAACCCCCCUACAACCACCCACAAGUUAUCACUUCAUGUCCUAGAAAAUUACAUUCCUUUAGCUUGCAAAAUUUAACAGUAUUUGUUACUACCUUGAUAGUGAACCACAAUGAGGCGUUUAGGCGAGGGGUUCGCAAACUGUUUGGGUCCGUGGGAAAAAUAUUUAAAUUCAAUCCAAUUAAACAUAACUACAAUGUGCAUCCCUAAAUGCCAGAGGAUUUAAAAGGUUGACUACUUGUGAGAAAGGCUUUGUCCGGGUGAAAAGUCUUAUAUUUCCAAGAUGUAAGUUAUUAUAGAUAUUAUAAUACAAAAGUAAGUUUAACCAGUUUCAAAUCUGAACAAGUAAAUUGCAAAAAUAUACCUUGUUUUUCUUAUUACACUUUUUAUUUUGGAAAAGGCGCCUUAAUUAUCUAAAAACAAAAAUUUUGUGAACCCCCAAGCUACGGCCUCUGGACCCCAGUUUGAGAACCCCCUGCUUUUAGACUGAGGAGAAUGUUACCUCACGAUUGCAACACCUAGCGUUUAGCAUUCCACUGAUAGCAACUGCGUUAUUACACGGAUUUGUGGCUAACCCCAGUUUCAACGCAGUGUUACAAAGCAGGUAGGAUAUGUCGCUAUGGUAACUACAGUAAACCCUUGCUAUUCGUAGGGGAUAAAGGCCGAACCCUGCUUCGAAUAGCAAAAAAAGGGAGAAAUUAAUCCCUGAAUGUUUUUUUUUUUAUAUAAUUGCCUAUAUUAAUAGUUGAAAUCAUAAAUAUACCAGAAAAUAUUAUCCCAUAACACCUAAAUAAGUAUAAGUGAUUUGAUAAAAAUAAAAAUAAAUAUCACUUUCGAAAAUCUUUCAAAAUACCAAUAACAAAACUGUCAUUAGUUAGCUUGAGCUUCUUGUAGUAGCCACUAAUCAGAGCAAAAGUAGUAUGUGGCGAAGACUUUUCGUAAUUUCCGCUAACAACCCGGGAUAAAUGUAGCUCCUCCCUGACAUACAAAGAAUAGGUCGAUGUCACACGUCAACAUGCUUCCCUGACACCAAUUACUACUUUCCUAAUAGAUUUUGUCGCAAUCUUGUAGAAUCGGAGGGUGCUCCAGAAAGAGGCUGAGUUUUUCAGCAAAUAGCUGGGGGUAGGUUCCAUGCGAAUAAGUGAAUUUGUGAAUAGCAAACCGGGAAAUAGUCGGGGUUCACUGUAUCCGACAUCAGUGUUUUUGGUACAGCCACACUUCUGUACGCUCGUGUGUGUGUGUGUGUGUGUCUGUUUGUGUCUUAAGCGCUCAUUUGAAAUCCAUUUCAAGAACAUUAUGCAAAUGGUGUGGAACCUCCGAAGUUUAACACAGUCAAACAGUCGCCAUUAUGAAGACCUUUCAUAACCCCAGUCAAAGUUUUAAUUCCCAUUUUAGUAUUAUAUAAUAAAGUAAAACUACUCACUCCAAAAAAACAUAUAUUUGUUUUUGUUCUGCCUGUGUCCCUGUCACGAAUUUGUAUAAUACUACUAAGAUCGACUUUUAUUGAGCCAAGGGACAUAUUUGACAUCUGACGGCACACCACCAAACAAAAAAUGUCAAUUAGGUUUAAUUGUACCUUCUCCGCUUUAGCUGAUGAGCAUUUAAUUGUUCUGCCUGUCGCUAUACGUCACUUGCAUAGAUGAACAAAGAUGCAUUAUUUGUACAGUAAAAUAUUUCUUCGAAGUAGAACACAGUCAAGCUGUUGCUUUAGUAACCAUACAGGCAACGUUUUACGUCACAUUUGAGCAUUUCGUAAGUAUAAUAUGACUAAAAUAAAGUAAAACUACUCAACUCCCCACCCCCCCAAAAAAAUGAUGCCAGUCACUAUACGUUGCUGGCAUGGAUAGCUGAACAAAGAUAUAUUAUUUGUAGUAAAUAAUUUUCGGACCGUUUAAAGAUGGAGUUUGCUAGGAAGAUUUUAAUUUAGCUGUACUUCAAACACAAAUGAUUGACACACUAUUCGGUCACACCUGUCGCUACAGGGUCUGAUUAACUAUUGUCGUGCCGUGGCAAGUUUUAAAGUAAUAAUUACAAUUAGAUACAUUAGAUGGGGCCAGAGAGAACAUUUCUGAAAGAUAGUUUUUAACAAUUUUCAACUGUCAAGUCAUACAGACAGUUUUAUCAUCUGUGACAGUGGUUUUUUUUUUUUUUAAACUGAAAACUCCACAUUUAAGUGAAAUUGGAUACCCCGGUAAUUUCGCGCAGCACACCUGAUAGUCUCUCAUAAAACUCUGUUCCGCUGCAAAGUAGUUGGGGAUCACUGCUGUAGCAUACUUACAUUGCUAAAAUGAAUGUAAUUGAUAUUUGAUAAUUAUUGUUUCACUUGUACGUAGCUGCUGGUGCUCUUUCCCAUGUCGCAUUUGCGCCAUGACACCUUCUAAUUUGCGAUCACCGGUACCAUUCUGUGAUGGCGUCACGAUAUUAAAAUAAACAGACAAAUAAACGUCAAAGAAGAAGCAAAAAUUAUUGGUUGAAUUGCACCACUUUGGUUCAACUUUGGAGGUUCCGUUGUGUAUAAAAAUGUAUGUAUCAAUGUAAUUAUCAGAUUUAAUCCAAAUGCUUUUGUUGUAUUUGUGAAACGUGUGUCAUACCUCUUGAGAAAAACACCAGUGUUUGUUUUCGUAAGCUUUUUUUUUUUUCAAGUAUGAGGUCAGCAUUUUGUAGGCAUACACACCAGACGAGAUCUUAAAGGCGACAUGUUAUGGAUUUUUUCGCCCACAAUUUGAAACAGUUCCCAUGUGUCUUAAUAACUUGUCUGACGUGCUUUUUUUUCCGAAUCUGAACACUUGAUGUGUGUCGCAAGCACUCCAGAGACACAAUUAUUUCUAUAAAAGCUAUUAAAAAGUCAAUUUUCCAUAAUAUGUCCCCUUUAAGUCAAGGUUUUUCAAUACGUUUUCAAGACCCAAACUGGUUGGAGCCGAAGUUUGGGAAACUUUGAUCCAAGUAAAUGUACCAUUCAAUCAACUGAUCUAACGUGUCACUUUCUGGCCUGAAAACCGGAGGUGGAAAAAGUAACAGAAUACCUCGGCCACACGGAGCCCAGUGAAGUUGGUCUAAGUUACAUUUGUUGUUUAUAACGGCGUCGAAAGAGACGUCAUUCAAUGUCAUCUUGUUUACUCACUGUAAUGCAACGAAAACAGCAGCCUAUUAACAUGUACCAAGUAAUUCUGUCCAACUAUGAACAUAAAAUAUGUUUGCCUUUAAUUUAACAGAUGCCAUCUACUUCCAACUUGAUGUAUUUGUUGUUUUUAACAAUGUGUGCUGCAACUUACCAUAUUUAUUCUGAGGUGGGAGAAAAGUCACACUUCCUUGGUACUUAUAAAAGGUUUUUUUUCUCAUAACCCAGAGUAUAUGCAACAAAUAAUCAAUAAAAAUAUGUUUAAUA